CCCGCUCUCUCAACGUUAACAGGCGGGGCUAAGCGUGCGCGCGACGACCUGGGAUGGGUAACUGCUGCGCAUGUGCAGGCUAAGCGUCCAAGGUGGUCUGGGCCGCCAGCGGGGAUUCAGAAGUAUUAGCUAGGUGGAGCUGCUUCUUUCCCCUCCUACUUUGGAAGAGGCAGUUUUCUACCUCUUGGGAUCAUUAUUUCUAGGACAGUCUCUCAAGAAUUGGAAAACGCACUUGAUGCAUUGGUGGCAUUACUAUAUUCCUUUUGAACACCAGCAGGCUGGCCUUGUUUAGUUUCAUGAAGUUUGCCCUUUUGUUUUUGGGAAGUGAGCAUUAUUUACUAGGUAAGGCUGUGGAUCUUUUGCUUAGUGGGCAUCAUUGACCAAAGGAAAUGGAGGAAAAGGAGCGAUGUGAUAAAUUCCAUCUGACAGUCUGAUGUUAUGGCCAUGUAACUUAUAAAAUAUUUUUCAAGAGGAAACAAAGAGAAAGGGGGGAAUAUAUUAAAGACAGUCUCUUGGAUGCUGAAGAAGAAAAAUGGAAGAAAAAUGACUCAGAUCUUCAAAAGUUUCUUAUGCAGCCAUUCAAUAAAGUCAACUGUUAAAGCAGCAACAGGUUUGCUGCUUGUGAACUGGAGUUGUCUGUAAAAGAAGUGGUUAGUUGCUUUUUGUGUGUGGGAAGAGGCUUUACACAUUUUAUCUCUUCCCAUCUUCACCUUGUACACUACGAAAAAAUGAGUUGUGUGCCAUGGAAAGGUGACAAGACCAAAUCAGAAUCACCAGAAACACCACAGCUGAUGCCAGUGCAUAUUUAUCAUGAAAAACAAAGAAGGGAGUUGUGUGCUCUACAUGCCCUCAAUAAUGUCUUCCAGGACAGCAAUGCCUUUACACGAGAUACGCUACAGGAGAUUUUCCAGAGGUUGUCUCCCAAUACCAUGGUGACCCCACACAAGAAGAGCAUGCUGGGAAAUGGGAACUAUGAUGUGAAUGUCAUCAUGGCAGCUCUUCAAACCAAAGGCUAUGAAGCAGUUUGGUGGGAUAAACGUAGGGAUGUUAGUGUAAUUGCGCUCUCUAAUGUGAUGGGCUUCAUUAUGAAUUUGCCCUCCAGCCUCUGCUGGGGUCCACUGAAACUUCCCCUUAAACGGCAACAUUGGAUCUGUGUUCGGGAAGUGGGAGGUUCUUACUACAAUCUUGACUCCAAACUCAAGGUGCCUGAAUGGAUUGGUGGUGAAAGUGAGCUCAGGAAGUUUUUGAGACACCAGCUGCGAGGAAAGAACUGUGAACUUCUCUUGGUAGUGCCUGAGGAUGUAGAGGCACAUCAGAGUUGGAGAGCUGAUGCAUGACCUGCAAACACCUUGUCCUUGCACUACAGUACUGGUCCUUUCCCCUCACCAACUUCUGUGUCCUGUGAUGUGGAUAAUAAGUGCUCUAACUCCUCUUCCCUGGAAUUUGGAAGGGUUUUUUUUGGGGGGAGGGAGGUUAUUUUAUUUUAAGGGUGCAAUAAAAGCAACCACAAGGUAUUGUCAGGGCCAAAAUGAAGAAUAGAAACUGGACACUUACUAGGAAAAGGAAGAAUCAGCUGUGUGCUCUAUUUAAAAUGCAUUAAUAUGCUUUAGGAGUGAGGUAUUGGAAGCCCCUUUUCCCUUCCCAUCAAUCUUAAAGGACUUUAGGCAGUUACACUACUGCCCCCAGAAGUUUCCAAAGCUUCUUUUGACUGGAGAGCAUGUCUUUCCUUUAGGGGGAAGGCUGGGGCCAAGCAUGCUCCCUUCAUAUCCACACAAAACUUUUUUGAAGAAACUUGCAAACCAUUGGGGUCUCUCAGGAAACUCUAGAUACUCUUAGCAACAGUAGGGUGCUUGCAGAGUCCUAAUUGUGCCAAGAGUUGGGGGAUGUAUAGGAGGGGUAAAUGGGACCAUCACUAUGGAACUCCUGUGGUUUUGCCUUCUAUAUAAAUGUGUACUUUGUUGGUCUGAGCAUAAGAGUAGCCUGGUUGGAAGAUGUAAGCAAUGGCUUAUUAAAAGACCUCACAGGGUGUGGGGGAAGUGACUCAGCUGUGAUUUAAAUGCAUGUUUUCCAUUUAUCCUGUUACCAGGGAGAUACUCAUUGAGCAGGGAGUAAAACUAUUGGAUGGAAUCAUGAAAUAAAAGGGAAGGCUGACAAAAUUUUAGCAACCUAAGAAAAUGCUGAUGAAAGGGCAAGUUUUGUAGCAGCAUAAGACAGUGUUGACGGAAGGGCAAGUUUUACUAUUAUUGCUAAGAGGAGAAAUGUGAACUAGGAUCAAAGGGCUAGAUUUCUUUGGCUGGGAUAGGUGUUUCAGCAAGUUAGCAGAGGGUAAGAGGAGAUUGUUUACUGGAGGCACUGAGCCACUAUCUUCCUUUGUGGUUGGCAGGUGAACAGUCCUCUGAAUUAAUCAGCUUUAUGCUGUGCCACCCUCUCCUUCUUCCACCAUACCCCAGCAGAAAAUUGAAUUACGGUUUUCCUUGUUAACCCCAUGCAGGUGUUGUAAUAUUGUCACAAUCAGUAGAUGAAAUGGAUAAUUUAGGAUGGGCUUUUCAUUAUUGACCCUUCUUUGAGCCUAGGUUUCAUUCUGUUGCAUUUUUCAUUACUACUGUUUUGUGCCAGCUUCACCUCCAAUAUUGGAACAGCAGAAACCAAACCCACAUUUUCUGCAUUUCAUACAGGCAGGCUAUUUACAUUUGCUACUUGGGCUAUUUGGGAGUCUUUGGCCUGCCUUUCCUGAAUGUGAGCGUGAUGUAUACAGUCAGUUAAUUCAGCAUUCCACUCUCCUUACAGUUUGCGGUGUCAAGAUAGGAAUAUGAUCUUAUCUGUUGGCCUUCGGACAACCUGUAGACACUAUACUGGAAACCUGAGUGGCUCUACAUGUACUACAGUUCAAGCCCAAUACGUCUGUUUUCACAAAGCGCCCUCACCCCACCUCAGACUACACAUUCCAAUGACCCAAACCAGCUGGUAGAACUUGUACACACCUACCCACACUUUUCACAAGCAGAACGUCAGGCUUGCAGAUCUGCUUCUGACUAAGCCAUUUUUUAGAAAAGCAUAUAAAAACUCAGCAGGAAGACUAUGCUCUGACUAAAUAGCACUUUCGAGAGACCCUGUUUGCAUGGAAGUCAAUGGACCAGUGCACAAUAUGCAAAUAUCUUAUAAAAAACUUAAGGCUGUUUCACUUCUCUGUAUUAAUGCCAUUCUUCUGUUCCCAGGGAAAGUGGUGUGAUUCAGCUGCUCAGGAAAAGGGAACAUGUGAUCUAACACACACACACACCCUCUGGACAAGAGUUAUGGUAACAGAGAAAAGGAACUAGCCUAGUCCCAUUGCUUGGGAAUGGAGAAGCCCAUAAUCGUUUUCUUGCUUGUUUGGUUUUGUUAUAGCCUUGUCUUGGGUUUGUUUACAGAGAUGUAUUUUGUUUAACCAAAUAUUAAAAAUAAAAAAACCUUUCUGAGUUACUUGUCACUUUCUGUUGUAUUUAAGUGUCUUGUAAUGAUGCAUGUAAAGGAAAAAUAAAUAUUGAUAUGAAGUUGAA